GGCGAGAGUGAUCUUACCCAGGAGCAAGCCGUACCCGCACGUUUUGAGGCCACCCAAGGCCAGCCGAAGGUUGACGACGUGCCGUUGGAGCAAAAACCGCAGAAGGGAAAUCUCCUCGAAACGGGCGCGGCAGAGGAUCGCAGCCGGAGGAAGUCGAUGGAGAAGAAGGUGUCUUUCGAAGAUGAGCUGCCACAGAAGGGAAGGAUGCUCGAACGGGAAGACGUCGUCGAAAAAGAACCGGAUCAGCCGAUACCGGUAGAGGAGGAAAUCUGCGAGGGAAAGCAAGCCGAAAGUAAAGAUCUAAUCGAGGAGCCUAUCGUAGAGGACACGGUGGACGGAACUCUCAUGCACGCAGCAGAAAAAGGUCCAGAGCAAUCGGCACGCCCUGAAGCUUCGCCGGAAAUCCUGAAGACCGAUAUUGCCGACGUGACGACGUUCGACUCGCUGCCGCUGAUCUGGACCGUCGAGGCCGAUGGUAUUCCACGGCCGGAAGUGUCCUGGUACCAUAACGACGAGCUUGUGAAGGCUAGCGAUCGUAUCCGUAUUACCGACUCCGGUACUACCUACAAGAUCGAGAAUCGCGAUGUGAAGGAAGCGGAUGCGGGCGAAUGGAAGGCUGUGGUGAAGAACCGUAUCGGGGAAAAAUCGCUGCCCGCCAAAUUGACCGUUAUUCCAUGCAAGGAAUACCGCCGUCCGAAGUUUAUGAGCGGCCUGCAGACCAUUUCCGUGCACAAGAACGAACCGGUCACCCUGUCGGUGACGCUCACCUCCGAUCCGGAGCCGGAAAUCACCUGGCUCCAGAACGGCGUCGAGGUGAAGGCGGACGACUUCGUGGAGAUGAAGACGGAGGUCAAGGAGCUGGAGCACGGGCUCAAGGAGCUCACCUACACGCUGCAUAUUGCGCAGGCGCGUCACUACGACACCGGUGACUAUACCUUCCGGGCGAAGAACAAGUACGACAUCAACGAAUCGAACGGCCGGCUGGACGUGCUGCUGAAGCCGGAGAUCGAGAACUUCCACGACACGACCGUGCUACCGUUCACCCAGGGCGUCUUCCAGGUGUUGGUGAAGGCCAACCCGAAGCCGAAGGUUACCUGGACGAAGGAUGGGCUCAACCUGUGCAACAACGACAACUGCGAUGUGAUCGCCGACAUCGAAAAGGAGAUCUACACGCUGGUGAUUGAAUCUUGCGCGUUGGCUGAGCAUGGUACCUACACCCUGACGGCCACCAACGCCCAAGGAGAGACUGUUGCCAACGCCAAGCUGAAUGUGCACACCGAAAAACCCAAGUUCACGAAGGAACCGGACAGCCUUACCGUCCACGACUGGGCCGACGUGUACAACAAGGUAGUGGUGCAGGGUGUUCCACGCCCAGCCAUCCAAUGGCUGCACAACGGAACCCCACUCGAUACGCAGCAGAUUGACGAGGAGUCGCAGGAACCGAAGAUCAAGAUCGUUACCUCGGGCGACACGGAGGUGACCAGCGAGCUGUUUAUCACGCACUUUGGCCCCGAGCUGCAGGGUGAGUACUCUUGUCUAGCCACCAGCAUCGGUGGGGAGACGGAGGCCAAGUUCAACAUUCAGGUCAAGAACGAACAGCCCGUCUUCGGCAAGGGUCUCGAGCGUUCGCUGGACCUGGAGGAGGAGGACCGCUUGGAGCUGCGCUGUAUCGUCGACGGUAGCCCACUGCCGAAGAUGACGUGGUAUAAGGAUUCGAACGAAAUUAAGGCCGAUGAUCACGUUAAAAUUACCUACGGUCAUGAUGGCAUCUGCCGCCUGGUGAUCGACAAAUGUCUGCCGGGCGAUAGUGGUUGCUACAAGCUGGUGCUUUCGAACAAGAGUGGUGAUGUGACCACGCAGUGCGGUGUCGCUAUCACUCCGAAGCAAAGUGUUCCGGUGUUUGUGCGUCCGCUGCAGGACCACAAGCUCGUCGUCGGUGAAACGCUGCACAUGGAAGCCGAGAUUGCGGGCUUCCCGAUGCCGGAGGUCCGCUGGUUCAAGGAUGGUCUGCCGCUGCGCCAGACGCGCGGAAUCAACUUCAUCAACCAGCCGGACGGUUUGAUCGGUUUCAUCAUCGAUCGCGUCACGGCCGAAGAUGGUGGCAUCUACACGUGCGAGGUUAAGAAUAAGAACGGCGAAGCCAAGUCCGCCUCAGUGACGGAGAUCGUGCCGAAGGGCAAGAAGCCCCAGUUCGUGAGCGAGCUGAUGAACGUGAGCAUCGUCGAGGGCUUCCCGGUGAAGCUGGGCGUGAAGGUUAUCGGCUACCCGCAGCCGGCGAUCAAGUGGACACACAAUGGCACACUGGUGGCCGGCGAUCGGUACCGGAUCACCGAUGAGGCCGAAGGCUACGUGACGCUCGCGCUGGACAAAACGACCGGUACGGAUUGUGGCGAGUAUCAGGCGAUCGCGACCAACGAGCACGGAGAGACGGCCAGUGCCGCCACGGUAAGCAUCCUACCGACGACGGAUCCGUCGCUACCGGAAGAACCGCCAAGCUUCCUCGGUGGACUGCGCGACAUUACGGCCGACGAGGGCAAGGAGUUGACAUUCUCGGCCCGCUUCGCUGGCAACCCAGCGCCGGAAGUCAUCUGGACCAAGGACGGUGAACCGCUGCAACCGACUGGCCGUGUCACGGUGACGUGCGAUGGCAAGAGCGUCGGAUUGACGAUCUCACCGGCCGAAAUGUCGGACUCGGGCGAGUAUGCAUGCCUGAUGGCGAACCCGCUCGGUGAGACAGAGACCCGCGCAUCCGCGAUCGUACGUAAGGUGUUCCAGAAGCCCAACUUCGUCUACCCAUUCUCGGACCUACAGCAGCUACCUGGUCUGGAGGCCAAGUUCCCGGCCAAGCUGGUCGGUGUGCCCAGGCCGGAGGUGCAGUGGUACAAGAACGAAGACCCCAUCUACCCGGGCGAUCGUUUCAAGAUGAAGUACGAGGGCGACUGCUGUUGUCUGUACAUUAAGGAGUGCGCACCCGAGGACACGGGACUGUACUCUUGCACUGCAACGAACCGGGAGGGAAGCAGCACCGUCGAGGCCAAGCUUGAUGUCGUCACGAGAAUUGAAAAGCGCGAUGAACCGACGCCACCGUCGUUCAUGAAGAAGAUCAACGACCUGACGCUGCUGGAGGGCAUGAAGGCCAAGUUUACCGUCUGUGUCGACGGUUUGCCGAUGCCGACGGUGGAAUGGAUCCGUGAUGGACGUCGCCUGGUGCCGAGUGAGAAGUAUCGCAUCGAAGCGGAGAAGAACGGUCUGGCCCGAUUGAUCGUGGACGACGUGCAGGAGGAAGAUCUUGGUCGGUACAGCUGCAAGGCGGUGAACAACCUUGGUGAAGCGAUCUGUCACGCUAACCUGAAGUUCGAACCAAUGGACUUCCGCCCGCGACGUCGCUACGUGAAGGGCAAGGGCAAGGAUCUGCUCCAUACGCCUCCGUACCCGCUGACCGAGCGUCCAAUCAUCUCCAAACUGUCCGAUCGCCGCCUGACCCUGUCCUGGCGUCCAUCGAUGACGACCGUACCGCGUUACCCGGUCACCUACCAGCUCGAGAUGAUGGAGCUUCCCGAUGGCGAGUGGCACACAACCCGUUCGGGCAUUCGCGGAUGCUCUAGCGAAGUGCGCAACCUUGAGCCAUUCCGCGAGUACAAGUUCCGCAUUCGCGUGGAAAACUUGUACGGUGUGAGUGACCCGAGCCCGUACGUACAGACCUACCGUCAGAAGCUGGAACCGGAACCACCGGUGUUCUACCCGUACCUUGGUCCAGGUCGCGAUUUCCGUCCCGAUACGUCAUCGUUCUAUCCGCGUGAUUUCGACGUCGAACGCCCAGGCCACCGCCGCCAGGCGUUGGCUCCCGAGUUCCUGCGUCAGGAGCAACCGGUCCAGUAUGGUACGAAGAACCACAACGUCAGCCUGUUCUGGUUCGUGUACGGGUAUCCGAAGCCCACAAUGACGUACUACUUCAAUGAUCAGGUCAUUGAGGCGGGCGGUCGUUAUAGCUUCAGCUACACGCGCAACGGACAGGCGACGCUGUUCAUCAACCGUAUGACCGACCGGGAUGUGGGUGUUUACGAGGCGGUGGCCACCAACGAGCACGGCACUGUGCGCCAGCGCGUGUGCCUGGAGCUCGGUGAGUACCCGCGAUUCCUGCAGCGCCCGGAGGAGGUGUUCAUUAUGGGUCGCCGGUCGGGUCGCGUCGAAGCGAAGAUCACCGGUGUUCCGUUCCCGGACAUCAAGUGGUACAAGGACUGGCAGCCGAUCCACGAGUCGUCUCGCAUUAAGAUGAUCUUCUAUGAGCCUGACACGUGCGUGCUGCUGCUGACGGAUGCGAUCAAGAAGGACGAAGGUCUGUACUCGAUCAGUGCACGCAAUGCGAUCGGUUCGAUCAGCUCCUCGGUGACGGUACAUGUCGAGGACAACGAGGAGGACUACGUGUACAACGCGCACCACCGCACGCCGUAUGUACGUGCCCGUAACAAGGUCUACCAGGACUUCUACGAUAUCGGCGACGAGAUUGGACGUGGCACGCAGGGCAUCACAUAUCAUGCGACGGAUCGCUCGAAUGGGCGCAACUUUGCGGCGAAGAUCAUGUACGGUAGUCCCGAUCUGCGUCCGUUCAUGUUCAACGAGGUUGACAUCAUGAACAUCUUGAACCAUCGGAAACUCAUCCGGCUGCACGAUGCGUACGACAUCAACCGUUCGGUCACACUCGUGCUCGAGCUGGCAUCCGGUGGUGAGCUGGUGCGGGACAACCUGCUCAGGCACGACUACUACACCGAGCGUCAGAUUGCAAUCUACGUGUACCAAGUGCUGCUCGGUCUAGAGCACAUGCAUACUCGCGGCAUCGGGCACAUGGGCCUGACCAUCAAGGACCUGCUGAUUGCGCAUCCGGGCAGCGAUAACCUGAAGAUUUGCGACUUUGGUCUAGCGCGCCGCAUCGAGGAUGACAAGCUGUACACGCUCGACUACGGUAUGCCGGAGUUCGUGGCACCGGAGGUGAUCAACCGGUGCGGUGUCGGGCUCGGCCAGGACAUGUGGUGCGUCGGUAUCAUCACGUACAUCCUGCUCGGCGGUGUCAGCCCGUUCAUGGGCCGCAACGACCGUGAGACGCUAACGCGCAUUAAGGAGGGCAAGUGGACGUUCGUUGGCUCGGUAUGGGAGUACAUUUCCACCGAGGCUCGCGACUUCAUUACGCGCCUGCUGGUGUACGAGGAGAAGCACCGUAUGACCAUCCGCGAUGCGUUGAACCACUCCUGGUUCGACAUUAUCUACCGGCGUACGUUCGAGGAGUACCAAAUCGGUACGGAUCGGCUGCGCAGCUACUACUACCACUACCGGGACUGGUACACCAACGCGUCCUGUCGCACUUGGUACCGUCGCCGGCCGCUGAUGAGCUGCUUCGACCAUCCUUCCCGUAUGGUGUACCCGCCCGGUAUCAUCUUCACGCCGGAGGGAACUCCGCCACCGAUGCAGGUCGACGAUAUCCCGCACAAGCGCAAGAAGUGGGAGGAGUACGUGUCGAAGGACGCCCAUCCGGACUUCGAGACCGCCUCGUUCAAGUCCGAGAGCCACUACCAGUAUGGGCCGGAUACGUACCUGUUGCAGCUGCGUGACACCACCUUCCCGUGCCGCCUGCGCGAGUACAUGAAGAUCGCGAAGCACCGUUCGCCGAGUUUGGUGUCCGAUUCGAACUACGACGGAAGUUUGCCGAUUAUUCGCGAGCGUCGUCGAUUCACGGACGUGAUGGAUGAGGAGAUUGACGAUGAGCGUCGCAGUCGCAUCACGCGCUACGGCACGGACGACAGCGUAACCGUGACACGCCGUCUGCGCAAUGAGGUCGGCACCCGUCUUGGCUCGUACGCCGAAGCGGAGGCUCUGAUUGAGUGCAAGCGCGAAGGUCAGCCACCGUUCUUCCGCGAGAAACCGCAAACCAUCUCGAUCCGCGAAGGUGAACCGAACCAGAUCAUCUGCUACGCGGUCGGUGUGCCGAAGCCUUCGGUCACCUGGUUCCGCAACGACAUGGUCAUCACCGACACGAACCGCAUCAAGGUGUUGGACGAUGUGGACGGUCGCUCGGUGAUCCAGUUCCAUCCGGCGACGCACAACGACGUCGGUGUGUACAAGGCGGUCGCGAGCAAUCGCGUGGCCAAGACGGUGGCCCGCUGCCGGGUGGUGAUUGCCGUCAUUCCCGACUCGCCGGACUGCCCGGAUGCGGUUGCCGUUAGCGACACGGAGGUGCUGCUGCGCUGGAAGCAGCCACGUAGCGACGGCCACUCGCCGGUUAUCUGCUACAGCCUAGAGCAGAAGGAGCACGGCAAGGUCGACUGGGUGGACGUGGCGAGCAACAUUGACCACGAGUUCUUCCUGGUGCACGAUCUGCGCCCGAACACCGGCUACCAGUUCCGGCUGGCGGCGUACAACCGCAUCGGCUGGAGCGACCGCGGUAUUGCUACCAAGACGAUCACCACGCUGGAUCCGGGUGCGCCCAAGAUCCAGAUUACGCGCGCCAUGAAGCACCUGCAGCAGCUGACCGAGUCGGGCCAGCAGGUGUGCCCGGAGGAGCGCACUGGCCGGCUGGACUACAGCUACGAGAAGACCCCGCUCAAGUGGACCAUCGAGGGUAACUACAGCGAGAAGUAUACCUUCAUGUCGGAAAUGGCCCGCGGCCGGUACUCGAUCGUAGUGAAGGGCCUGGAGAAGGCCACCGACAAGAUCGUGGUGGCGAAGAUCUUCGAGCUGGGCGACGAGCGGGCCGCCGAAGCGGUUGAGCGUGAGUUCGAGAUGCUGCGCACCUUGCGCCACGAACGCAUCGCCGCACUGCUCGGUGCGUUUCGUCCGAAGAACACCUCGAUCGCUGCCCUCGUGAUGGAGAAACUGCAGGGCGCCGACGUGCUGACGUACCUGAGCAGCCGCUCGGAGUACAGCGAGCAGAUCGUGGCCACCAUUAUCAACCAGGUGCUCGACGGCCUGCAGUAUCUGCACUGGCGUGGCAUCUGCCAUCUGGACCUGCAACCGGACAACAUCGUGAUGGCCUCGGUGCGUCAGGUCAACGUGAAGCUGGUCGACUUCGGUUCGGCCCAGUUUGUCUCCAAGCUCGGCACCAACGUGACCCGUGCCGGAUGGUUGGACUUUAUGCCGCCGGAGGUUUUGAACGACGAGCCCGCACUGCCACAAACCGACAUCUGGACGGUCGGUUGUCUGACCUAUCUGUUCCUGUCCGCCACAAGCCCGUUCCGUGGUCAGGACGAGGCCGAAACGCGUGCCAACAUCAGCUUCGUACGCUACCGGUUUGAGAACCUCUUCAAGGAGGUCACAGCCGAAGCGACGCGCUUCCUGAUGUUGAUCUUCAAGCGUGCACCAAACAAACGUCCAACGGUCGAGGAGUGCUUCGACCACCGCUGGCUUGUCCACACCGACUUCAUGACGAAGAAGCGCGAGAGAGCGAUCUUCCCUGGCAACCGUCUGAAGCAAAUCUCCGAGGAGUAUCAUACGAUGAAAACGAACGAAGCCACCAAGUCGGAGACAAUCUCCAACUUUGGCGGCCAGUCCCCUCGGCAGCUGCUACGUUCGAACAGCAUCCAGGAGGAGCUGCUGACAACCUUCUAGAUGCAUGCACUCUCGGAUCUAUGAGGGUUCCUGCUCGUUUCCGUUCUUUUACUUCGUUUGCUUAUACACUGCGUCAAUCCCGCGGACCUUGCUGGGAAAUGGAUCCAGUUUGUCUUUUACCAUUACCGUUCUUUUUUCUGGCUUACAUUUUCCCUUGUAAAUUGUACAUAGCAAGUUUACGCCAUUAUCCAUCGUAGCAACCUCAGGCCUCACUUGACGUCGCUGGCCGAAACGAAGGUGGAAUUUUUGGCGAAACCUGUGCGUUUGUUCCCUUUUGCUUGCAUUAGUAUGAAGUUCGCUUCCGUGGUCGUGGUCGUGGUCGGUUUUCGUUUUGCUUCGCUCGUACUGGAAAGUAAGAAUCUCUAAACGAACCUAAACGAAAUUGAACAAGAGAUAGAGAAAUGUUGCGAAAGAUAAAAAUCUCUGAAAAAGCAGAUAUAAAAAAAAAGAAGUAACAUUGAAGUUCUUUACACUAUCGUAAUCGUUUUUAAAACAUACCCACACACGCACAUUUGCCAGUAUGUGAUGAGAGGAAGGAGGGACCCACGGAGCCGGGGGAUCUUUUUUAUAUGACUUUUUUAACCGCAAACAAACACACAAAGCCAAGUUUUACACAUCCCUAAGAAAAACCGGCUCCGUUGGGGAGGGCUCCCGUUAAAUCUAGGACGUGGUUUAGGAAACUUUAGAGGCCCCCACGCAUGGACAGGGGCCGUGUUUCGUCGAAAGAGUGUAACUUAUUUAUUGUAUAUUGUAUAUUUACUAUACCUACUACGUUUAACGUUUAGCUGCAUUGCUUAAUUGCACACGUUCUGAUCAGUUUUCUCGACAAUCUUUCUUUUUCGUACAUUUUACGCAAACGUUGCCAAACGCGGCGCUUGGAUGAAUAAAAUUGGUUUUUACGUUUUUGUUGA